UACGAGUUUGAGGAUCCAAUUGAGUCCACAUAUCUCUAGCUUGCUCCAACAAUGCUGUAUUAUCCUUUAGCCAUGCAUUACCGGACACGUAUUCUCCGGUUUCGACAAUUACAACAUCCACACCCCAUCUCCGCAUCUCUAAUCUUAAGCAAGAGCCCCAAGCCUCCACUGCAGCCUAAGGGUGUAGAGAGUAUUCCCAGUAUUGUUCGAAACGGGAAUUACUAGUGAUCAGCGAAUUUAAUAUUUGCUCUCGUUCACGGCCCGUGAAGAAAAAUGUCAGAUACAACGGGAAUCACGCAGGGAAUGGGCAAUCCCUACAAAAUAGUCGAUCAUACCAGGGAGCGAAGAAAGGGUAUCACCGCUUCGUCGCUAAAAGAGCUGACUAACAUCGCACGCAAUCGUCUGGCAUUACCCGUAGACGCAGAUCUGACAAUUGUACUCGAGCAGGAUGGGACAGAAGUAGAUGAUGAAGAAUAUUUCGCCACAUUAGAAAAGAAUACAAGCUUGAUGGUGUUACAUGGUGAUCAAAAAUGGAUCGCCGUGGGGAGUAGUAAGACAGCGUCUCGUUAUAUCGUUGUAGAUGACGUAGAUGCGGAGGGUAGUUCAAGGACUGAUAAAAUUCGACGGCGGCGAACGCCUAUAGAGCCUUUAGUAUCGUCGUUGCACGGCGACCCAUCGCAUAUUUCGCUCCUUGGAGGAAAUGAUCUGGAAUUACUUAGCGAUAUGGAUCCUGAUAGUUUAGCUGAUAUAGUGCCUGAUAGACUUUUCCUUGAGCAGCUGAAGGAAGCUUCAGGUAGAUUCCUAGCAGAGAAGCGACAAGCACAAGAAUCUAUGGCCCUUCUUCAGAUGUAUGCAAGUGGUGGUGAGAUGGAGCGAGCGUAGGCCAUGUGGGGGGUGGGCGCCCUCACAUUGGCUAAUAUGUAUAGAGUGCGACGUCGCAUAUUCUAUAAAGGUCGUCAACUGCAACAAACUUUAAUCCUAUUCUGGAAUUGAGCCCAUUUAAAUUUUUAUUUACAAUAAUAGAAUAUAACUGAGAAAACACACAAAUAUUAGUUAACAAAGCUGACACAUAUAUCGAUGAUGAUGAUCUCAUAUUCUCUCUCGUUCGCAUGAAGAACAUGAAGAAGAAUCGCAGAGACGAAAAAAGCACUGUACAGAAAUUAAACACAAAUAACUUGUAUUAUUCGCUCUCGGGAAUUUAGUACUAUAAUGAUAACCAUAGAGGUUUUGUUUCAUACAUAGAGCAAAUAAUAGUUCUAAGUUUUGUAGAAUUUUUUUAAUCUAUAUAUACAAUUCAGUGGCACAAUAUGCUUUGGCAAUACUUUACAUCCUUUAGUGAGCAUAUGGAAUUGCUUUAAUACAACGUAAGAUAUAUCUUGCUAUACCAACAGAAUCAUAUACACGCGUGUUUAGCUGCUAACUUAUCAGAAUAUACAUAUAAGAAGGAAAACAUAAAUAACAUUUUUUUGAAGUGGACAUUCCGUCGCCACGUUGCCAUAUCAAGUUUUAGCAGAACAUGUUUCGUUUAUGGGAUUUUUGUACUUAGAUACCAUUAUACCGAGAUUUAGUUCAACGAAGAUUGAUGGAAUAUUUAAGACUGAAUUUAUAGAGAAAACGAAAACCAUUCCCAUAUUGAAAUCACUAAUUCAUUGUACACUAACAUUAGCGACGUAAUAGCGACAACAAAAAAAGUCGAUGUCAACCCUUUGAUACCAAGCAAAAUUGUGCUCUUUGAUAAAAAAAAAAAAAGAAAAACGAGAAAACUUUCAGAAAAGAGACAAGUAUUUCUAGCAAGAUUAUACAUACACACACAUAUAUAACUAAUAUAUAUUAAAUAUUAUUUUAAUUAAAGGAUUAUAUAAUCUAACAAAGGAACGUCAUGCUUAAAUUCAUGUGAUUCUCGAAAGUUAAAAAAUAUGAAGUAAAAUACACACAGUACUUACAUUUUUUAAACCAUAAUUUAAACCAUAAGAAGAAAAGUGUAUGUCUAUUCUUCGCAGAAAUACCUUUUCAAUAUAUCGUAACAUGUGUUCCUUGAUAUUUAUAUUGUAAUAUAAUUAUCAUAUCUCCUACGCACAUACAUACUAACCGCAUUAUACAUAUAUUUACAUUGGAAUGCACAUGUACCGCCGCAUUUAAAUUCACGGAAAUGGAAAGCGCAAUAGCCAUUAUUAAACUAUUUGCUACUAUCGAUCGGAUAUAUCAUAUUAAAUCAGGCGCAAUAUAUUCGGUUUCACAAAUCAAUCUUAGGGUAUUAGUUUAUAAUGAAUUGAAGUGAUUGAUACGAAACUUUCUCAAAACGAAUGAAAAUGUGUUAGAAAAUAACAAAAACGAUACGUUAAAUAGUACUGCCAGAGUAAAAAGGAAAAUCGAUUAAUGCUCAAACAAUAUCCCUAAUAAGAAAUAAAUAGAGGAUCUUGCGCAUCUUUUUCAUACCCGCAUCUAAUGCGCGGUAUCACAAAAAAAUAGCAUAUUCUAUAUUAACAUAUGCCAUAUUACUCAUCGUUAUCAAGUAAAUCUUAAGAAUAAAAAUAUGCACUAAUAAUU